AUUUUGAAAAUGAGGGAAAGUGAGAUUUAGGACAGAGGCGUGUUGGAUCCAAUGAGAGAGCAGAAAAACUGAAACGUUUCCAUGUAUGCCUAAAUACAGUCUACUAGUCUUCCACUGUCUCUCUCUUUUUCUUCUCAUCAAACACACACAAUCGAAGAAGAACAAGAAUAAGACGGCGCAGAGAAACCCUCAAAAUGCAUUCAUUCGGCUACAGAGCCAACGCGUUGCUCACCUUUGCCGUUACGAUUCUCGCCCUCAUGUGCGCCAUGGCCUCUCUCUCCGACAACUUCAACUCCCCCACUCCCUCCGCGCAAGUCCAGGUCUUGAACAUCAAUUGGUUUCAGAAACAGCCCAACGGCAAUGACGAGGUCAGCAUGACACUGAAUAUAUCAGCAGAUUUGCAGUCCCUUUUCACAUGGAACACAAAACAGGUUUUUGUUUUUCUAGCUGCCGAGUAUGAAACUCCAAAGAAUUCCUUGAAUCAGAUAUCCCUAUGGGAUGGUAUCAUUCCCUCUAAAGAGCAUGCGAAGUUUUGGAUUCAUACAUCGAAUAAGUACCGCUUCAUUGACCAGGGGAGCAAUUUGCGUGGCAAAGAAUAUAACCUGACUAUGCAUUGGCAUGUUAUGCCAAAGACUGGCAAAAUGUUUGCAGAUAAAAUAGUCAUGCCAGGUUACCGAUUGCCACAAGAAUAUAGAUGAUGUCUUCUUGUCAAGUUAAUUUUUUUUUUCCUGUAACUUUAACCUUUUCAAUAGCGGAUAUAGAAUGUUGGUUCAAAGAACUAGAAUCAGGAAGGGAUUUUUGUGUUUUGGAAAGUAAAAUCAAUAGUGUCUGAAUGAAUACUUGAACAUCCGAAGUUUGCUUGUGUUCUUCAAUUGUCUCUUGCAUUGUUCUGA